AUGACAAAGAUCAAGUCUCAAUGGCGAGGGGAGGAGCUUGCAGUUGCUCCCCCUGCCUGCUGGGCUGCUGGGCAACGCAAGACCCCGACCGGCCAAGGCGCAACCGGCAGUAACCCAAGCGCUGCUACAGGCCCUAAAUUCCAGGCUUCCAGCGCUGUCUUACAGGCUUCCCAGGCGGUGCAGAAGCGCACGGUCUGCUGGGCCACCAACACGCUCAUCAUGCCUGUAUCAAAUGGGGACCUCAGCGCUGUUGGCGCCGGUUCAUUGGCUGCGACGAUCACCAGUGCAAGAUUUCUCUGGAUUUGGUGUUCUCGUUGGUCCGCAUAA